GUUUCAGCGUAUUCCGCCUAUACGGUUUUCCUUGUCACCCCCAUAAGCUUCGAAUUUGGCUCAUCUGCUCUCCGAAACCCCCAAUUCUAACCCUGAUUCGUUUUGCUUCCCCUAGAGGCGAGAUUCCAUGGAUGAAGAGAACAUCGGCCCUUUCCGUCGGACGUCGGCUCGGACGAGGAAAGUCGCUUCCAAGAUGGCUGCCGCUCUUGCCAGCACAGAUAACAGGACACAGGCAGCGCUUGCACGUCUGGAGGCUCUUGAAAGUGACAAUGCUGGAGUUGAGGCUGUAGAGAUCAACGACGACGAUGAUGCCUCUCUGGAUGACGAAGAUCAAGUAAUUUAUGUACAGAAGAAACAGAAGGGUACCAAGAGGAAAACCAGACAGGCAAAAGCACUGGAGAACGCAAGGAGGGCUCCUAGGACAUUUUUGGAGAUAAUACAUGAGGCGAAUCUGGAGUCCUUACCCCCACGUGUUCCGACUUACUGGAGAGCUGCAGUGGGUCCUCCGACCUCCAGCAGUCGUCGUUAUUUCUGCUCGGUUUGUGGAUUUAUAGGAAACUACACUUGCGUGAGGUGUGGAGUCAGAUUUUGUUCUUCCCGUUGUCAGGUUAUACACAAUGAUACGCGAUGUUUGAAAUUUGUUGCUUGACAACUGCUAGAAUACUUUUCAGCUUUCUUCUCUAAUAUUUUUUAAUUCACUUGGAUUGAUUCUAGUCAUUUAUGAUGAAUUCGUUGUGGCCUUA